UCUCGCCGCGCUUUGAGAGUAGCGGGGGAGUUCUUGGACGAGUCACCGCUGCCGGUACCGCGCUGGGUUGGGCAUCACAACGUGAAAGUUGGGGAGAGGAUUUGGUGCCGUACAGUAUAUCACCCUGUUUCGAUUCUACCGUUAAGAGAGCAGUUUAAUAGGUUACAGGACAGAAUGCCCCGAAUUGAGAACGAUAUCAAGCUAGACUUCAAGGAUGUCCUCCUUCGCCCUAAAAGGAGCACCCUCAAGUCUCGAAGUGAGGUGGAUUUGAUGCGCACAUUCAUAUUCCGAAACUCCAAGCAGUCUUACACAGGCAUUCCAGUCAUAGCAGCCAACAUGGACACAGUGGGGACCUUUGAGAUGGCUUGUUCUCUGCAAAAGUUUAGCCUCUUCACUGCAAUCCACAAGCACUAUUCAGUAGAGGAGUGGAAACAGUUUGCCAAGACCAACCCACAAUGUAUUGAACAUGUGGCAGCUAGUUCAGGGACUGGUCAGGGAGACUUUGAGCGGUUAUCUGAGAUUUUGGAAGCAGUCCCCAACAUCCGCUAUAUAUGCCUAGAUGUUGCUAAUGGCUAUUCAGAGCACUUUGUUCAGUAUGUGAAGGAUGUUCGAGCCAAAUUUCCAAGCCACACAAUUAUGGCUGGUAAUGUGGUAACUGGUGAGAUGGUUGAAGAGCUGAUCUUGUCAGGAGCAGAUAUUAUUAAAGUGGGCAUUGGACCUGGAUCAGUCUGUACCACUCGGAAGAAGACAGGUGUCGGUUACCCACAGUUGAGUGCAGUCAUUGAAUGUGCUGAUGCUGCUCAUGGGCUGAAUGGUCACAUCAUCUCUGAUGGUGGUUGCACAUGUCCCGGGGAUGUUGCCAAGGCUUUUGGUGCAGGAGCCGAUUUUGUUAUGCUGGGGGGCAUGCUGGCUGGGCACACACAAAGUGGAGGGGAGACCAUUGAAAAAGAUGGAAAAAAGUUCAAACUUUUUUAUGGUAUGAGCUCAGAGACAGCAAUGAAGAGACACGCAGGUGGUGUUGCCGAUUAUAGGGCUUCAGAAGGAAAAACAGUGCAGGUUCCUUUUAAGGGAGAUGUUGAGGAAACCACAAAGGAUAUCCUGGGAGGGCUGAGAUCUACUUGUACUUAUGUAGGUGCCUCAAAGCUGAAAGAAUUGAGCAGAAGGACAACAUUCAUUCGAGUCACUCAGCAGCUGAACACGGUGUUUGGAGAAGGAUCACAGCAGUAACAAUUACAACAUCUGCAAAGCUUCUUAGGGAGAUACCUUGACCCCUUUCUACAUAUCUUUUAUCUUUGCCUUCUUAGCUGCUUUUCUGUUGCUGUUGUCAGGUUCAGCCUUUAACAUCUUAACAGUCCUAAGAUUUAUACAAGCCAAAUAACCUCUACUGUUAUUGAAGUAUUGGUUGCAACUUCUGUUGUUCACAUCACUGGCCCAAAUACACAAAUUCUGAAGAAUGUUCCAAACAGAAAUAGUGUACAAGUUUAAAGUUUGAAAAUAGAGAACUUAUUUUAGAGUUCUGACAUACACAUGUGGUAUGGUUUCUAUUCUUUGGGCUGGGUAUUGUCAUGGCUGUUGGUUUGAUCUAUUUUACUAGAAUGCUUCCUGAAUUUUUGUGAGAUGCCUUGAUAUAUACAUACAUGAUAACUGUGUGUGUAUAUGGUUAAUAGGGUCAUUAUUGUCAUGUGUUCAGAGUACAGUGAAAUAUAUUUGUCUAUAUGAUUUUUCCAGGAAAUGCAAAGGCAUUCGUUUAUUACUCUUUGUAUGCCAUGCCACUGUAGCAUGUUCUUGUCAUGAUACAUUUUAUAUGAGAGGCCUAUUUGGCUCUGUUGAUAUAAGAAUGGCAUCAUGUAUAUUUAUUUAUUUAUUUAUUUGUAUAAUGGAGUGCUGCUGGUAGGUCAGGGCAAGUGGCAACAAAACCCAACAGUAUGUUCUUUUCAUAUUUUCAGGCAUAUGGCAUUUUGUUCAGGGAAACAGUCGGGUUGUAAUCUGUGCUCACCAGGCAGCUAGAAUGAUGCGCACUAGUUACAGUAUCUGAUUGUGCUGUAUCUUGUAAAUGAGAUAACAUCACAAAUUAAUAAAACAUCUUAUAUCACAAGAAAUAUAAAUUCCUCACAUUAUAAUUAGUAACACUGGAUUCUGUAUUUAGGGUACUCCUACUGGCUUAAUGGUUACUGAGAUAUAUCGUAGGUGGAAAGCAACACUAAAACUUCACCUAUACUCUGGAGCCAUAUUUGUACUGAAGCAGCUUGAAAAACAACAUCUCUGAAAAUGUUUGGGUUAUUGUUUCCUCUUUAAGAAAAUGUUUCUGGCUUACAGUAUGUUACAGGCAACUUAAACCACAUAUUGUGUGUGUAUCAAUCAGUCAAUUUCCUUUACCUGUCUAAUUCACUAUCAGGGACAUGCAAGAUUUUUAAGUUUAUUCUGGCACCAUCAAGUAGAAGGAAAGCACCAACUGUGAAUGGGGCACCCUUGGUCCCUGUUGAUGGCAUAUUUCAUAGAACAGAUCUUCUCUAAUAACUAACAGACCUACUAGCCAGCUGUAUUACAGAGAACACGUUCAGACUCACCCAUGGCAUUUCAAAGUAACACUUGUCUAACAUAAUAUGUUACAUUUGGCAUGCAGCCUUCUAACUCGGAUCGCUCUGUGCCUUCAUCACUACAGCUGCUGUGAAAAUAAUGUUCUCUGGUUUUAUUUUUUCAAUGGUGGUUGAGGAUCUUCAGCUGUACAAGGUCAGUCAUUCAAAACACUUUGUACGCAUGUUUCAGUUCAGUUUAUUUACACAUUUAGACAGGUAGCAGGGAUGUGUUUUAUAAAGCAAUGUAUUACACACAUUAUUCUAAAUGUUUUGUGUUGAACUGUAAUGAGAGGUGGGAGUGUAUUAAUCCAUAAAUUGAAGACCCACUCAAGCUUUGCAAAGAGCUCUGGAACUGAAAGUUGAAAAGCAAAAGUCCUUAGUCACCCUGAACUUGGGACAUUUGGCCUGACAGUGGAAAAGCAGCUAUUGAUUUGCUAGUUGCCUCUUUAAGUCAUUGAUGAUGAUCGAUGGUAUCACAGGUCAUGGUAUCAUUUGUAAUGAGUCUAACAAUUAGUACAACAGUUACCAGAAAUAUUUAGGGUUGGGACCUUUAUCAUUAUGACACAUGAUUUGUUAAACCUUUUGUAUUUCUUCCUGUCAGUGUUCCAGAAAUAAUAAUAAUGUUACCUAAUAUAAAAAAAUGAUGAAAUUAUUUGUCUUGGUAAAGGGGACCAUCUGUGUUAAACCACUGCUGAUGUGCAAUAUCCUGUUGGACCAAUGAACUUGACCAUUAUGUAAUAAUUGUGCACAAUGUACUAUUCAGACUGCUUUGUUUUUGUGGACGAGAUUGACAGACAGAAUGUGUCUACAUGCACUGAAAGUGUAACCUUUUAUCAAUAUUCAUGUAAGCCCCAAAAAGUAUGAGCUAUAAAUUAGACUUUUAGAAAUGGCUUAAGCUUCUGCACUGUUAGAGAUUCUGUUGCUUUAUGUGGAAGGUCACAUGUUACAUUAAACCAUUUGUACGCUU